AAAUUCUUUUGAACGUUUGUUCUAAAUUCUAAUUUUAACCGCUCGUGGUGUGUACGUGCCUUAAAAACGGAUCUAAUUGAAAGUGUCAAUUUAUACAAAAUAAAAUGUGCUUUCCAAUUAUUGGAUUUACGAAAACGAAGCGAUAACUUUAAGAAUAAUAAAAAAAAAGUUUCAAAUGAAAACAGAGAGAUAACGAGAACACGAUUCGGGAUCCGGUCAAAGUAUCACGCGUUUCGACGCCGCUUCAAACAUACACCUUAUAAUGGUUCGCCUUGGCGGUUAAUUCAAAAAAAACAAACAAUUAGUUUAAGUGAAAAAUUUAGUAAAUUUAAAUGUACAAACCGAAAUAUCUCUUUAAAAAUGUUAUCUCAGGAAGAAAUUCAACAUAUUCUUAUAGUAAUACGUCUAAUUUAAAGGAUUAUGGUAAUGCUUUAAUUGUUUCAAAGUUAUCCGGUUAUGAAUUUGAGAGGCACCGGAACAGUGACAUGACUCCGGAUGAUCUUCGCCAGAAAUUAAUUCGGCGAGGAACCGAUUUUGAUAGAUUAAUUAAAAGUCAUGAUAAUCAUAAAAAAUAUGAAAGUGAUAUGGUUCAAAGUCUUGAAAAAUCAGGAUUUAAAGUGAAAGUAGUGAACAGUCUUAAUUAUAAUGAUGAUAGUGUAAAUUGGGCGGAUAUAGUAUUUCCAACAGGUGGUGAUGGAACAUUCUUAUUAGCCGCCGGAAGGGUUCGCACAAAUAGUAUGCCAGUAAUCGGUUUUAACUCAUCGCCAGCUCGUUCGGAAGGUCGAUUAUGUUUACCAAAAAGUUAUUCGUACAACAUUGAAAAAGCAAUAGAAAAAUUACGAGCUGGUCAAUUUGAAUGGUUACGUAGAAGUCGAAUUCGCGUUACGAUCACCGGUGAAACUCAGGAUAUUGUUUCGACUCCUUUAUAUGUACUUCGUGAUCAAGUUUCAUUUAAACCAUCUCAGUAUCGUAUAGAAAAAGGUUCUAAAUUGAUUCCACAUUUAGCAUUGAAUGAAGUUUUUAUUGGCGAAACACUUUCGGCGAGAGUAUCAAAUUUGGAACUUUGGCUGGAUAAAUCGAACGAAUCGACUACUAUUAAAUGCUCAGGUCUUUGCAUUUCUACCGGCACGGGUUCGACAUCAUGGCAUUUGAGCAUGAAUCGACUCCCAGCUCAAACUGUUGAAACACUUUUAACUCUGUUGCAUUACCCCGAACCAGAACGAACUGAAAAAGCAAGACAAUUAUGUAAAAUGUAUAACGAUGCUUUAAUUUUUAAUGCAACUGAAACUCGUUUAGCUUAUACAAUAAGAGAAAAUAUUUGUUUGGGUGUUUGGCCUCAAGGACGCGAUAUAAAACGAAGAGGUUUCGUGGACACCAUGAAGGUUAAAUCGAAAUGUUUCGAUGCCGCCUUAGUUGUAGAUGGUGGGAUAUCUUAUGAAUUUAAUGAUGGAACUAUCGCAGAAUUAUCAGUUCUACCAGAAGAUGCUCUUUUAACGGUCAAAAUUUUCGAGUAAAAAAACGAAAAUAUGUUGCGUUUUUUAUUAAGUGUUAAUCCACAUCUUUUGUGAUAACAAAUCCUUCUAAUUUAGGGUAUACUAAGUGCUUCUUUUCCUAUUGGUGAUUAAAACUACAUCAAUCAACAAAAAAAUAUAAUUUUCUUUAUAAAUUUAUUAAAUAAAAAAAAUAAUCUUA